ACACUGCUGAUCCUGUAACAUGGAGGAUUGUCUUCAUACCUCAUCUGAGAAUCUGUCCAAGUUGGUCAGCUGGGCCCACAGCCAUGGGACCAUAUGCAGCCUCAUUCCAAACCUGAAACACUUGCUUUCCGAAGGUUCUCAUGGGAACCUGACGGCCAUGUGGGGCUGCAGCGCUGGCCAUGCUUACCACUGGCCACUAACAGCUACUUGCCGAGCUGGGUCUCAAGAGAGGGUGUGUUUCCAGGACAACCGAAGUUUUAACUCUGAUAGUCCCAGUAUAAUUGGGGUGCCUUCUGAGACACAGACUAGCCCUGUGGAAAGGUACCCUGGGAGACCAGUGAAAGCAAAGCUAGACUGUAACAGGACCAGGGACUCUUGUGACUUCUCCUAUUGCAGUGAGCCCUCUGAACUGGAUGAAGCUGUUGAAGAGUAUGAAGAUGAAAACACCCUGUUUGACAUGGUUUGUGAGUCUUCUGUUACAGAUGAGGAUAGUGACUUUGAACCCCAAACCCAAAGGCCUCAAAGCAUUUCUCGCAAAAGGCCGGGAGUAGUCCCGACUUCCCUCCAUUCAAGCUCCCAGAUGCAGAUGGUUGAUGAAUGCAGUAAUGAUGUCAUUAUCAAGAAAAUCAAACAAGAGAUCCCAGAAGAUUAUUACAUUGUGGCGAAUGCAGAGUUGACUGGAGGGGUAGAUGGGCCAGCACUUUCCUUGACACAAAUGGCAAAACCCAAGCCUCAGACUCAUGCUGGUCCCUCCUGUGUAGGCUCUGCUAAGCUGAUUCCCCAUGUAACAUCUGCCAUCAGCACAGAAUUAGACCCACAUGUUAUGUCAGCAUCCCCCUCUGUGAUCUCCAGACCAAUCAUCCCAAAGACUGCUAGGGUAUCUCUGGCUUCACCUAACAGAGGACCUCCUGGUGCACAUGGCACCAGCCAGCAGGUGGCCAUGCAGAUGCCUGUGAGUACGUCCCACCCCAACAAACAGAUCAGUAUCCCUUUGUCUGCCCUGCAACUGCCUGGACAGGAUGAGCAAGCUGCUUCUGAGGAGUUCCUGUCCCACCUACCCAGCCAGGUAUCAUCCUGUGAGGUAGCCCUUUCUCCCUCCAUUAACACUGAGCCUGAAGUGAGCUCCAGUCAACAGCAGCCCCCAGUUGCUCCAACCAUAACCACCGAGGCCACAGCACAGUGCAUACCAGACCAGGAUGAGAGAGCAGCUGAGCUCAGCAGAGAGCAGAACGAGAAAACCAUCCGGAGCACACAGACUGCGCUCCGCAAUUUUCCUUAUUCUACUAAGCUCAACAAAUUUCCUGUAUUUAAUAUUAAUGAUGACUUGAAUGAUCUGUGUACCAGUGCAGUAAGCCCAAAUACCACCAAAGCCACCCGGUACGCCUUGAAUGUGUGGCGAUACUGGUGUAUGACCAACGGGCUCAAAGAUCACACGGACAUCACCAAGAUCCCCGCAGUGAAGUUGAACGAGCUGCUGGAGAACUUUUAUGUCACCGUCAAGAAGAGUGACGGCUCGGAUUUCCUGGCCACCUCGCUGCACGCCAUCCGCCGCGGCCUGGACCGCGUCCUGAAGAACGCAGGCGUGGGCUUCUCCAUCACCAGCAGCACCUUCACCUCGUCCACCAAGAAGCUCAAGGAGAAGCUGUGGGUGCUGAGCAAGGCCGGGAUGUCGGGCGCCCGCUCCCGCAACAUCGUCUACUUCUCCCUCUCCGACGAGGAGGAGAUGUGGCAGGCAGGCUGUCUGGGGGAUGCCAGCCCUGUCACCCUGCUGUCCACCGUGGUCAAGUACAACAGCCAGUACCUGAACAUGCGGACGCUGCAGGAGCACGCAGACCUGAUGUACGGGGACAUCGAGCUGCUCAAAGACCCCCAAAACCAGCCCUACUUCGCGCGGACAGACAGCGUCAAGAGGGAGAGUCGGAGCAGCUCCACCAGAGUGUGUCAGGGGAAGAUCUACCACGAGCACUCCAGGGGACACAAGCAGUGUCCUUACUGCCUCCUCUACAAGUACAUGUACAUCCACCGGCCUCCCACCCAAAUGGAGGCCAAGUCCCCCUUCUACCUUACGGCCAGGAAGGAGGCCACAGACAUGGGCAGCGUGUGGUACGAGGAGCAGAGGAUGGGCCUGCGGUCUCUUCGGGGGAUUGUCCCCAACUUAGCCAAGAAAGUCAAGCUGGACAACUGUGAAAACUUCACCUUCGUCUCCUUUACUCAGGUCUCCAGGAGGCUCGGCUCCCACAGCUGCUGCCAGUGAGUCCUCUGUGUAGGCCACUGUCCCGCUCGCCCUCCUCAGUGGGCGCUCCCUGGGGUGGCCAAGGCCAGGGUCGGGGGGCAAGUCAAAGUUCUGAGGAGGCACGACUAACAUGGUGCCACUCUGUGCUCCAGCUGGUCUCCAUCUCUGCUGCCUGGCAUUCCUCUGACUUGGAAUUUUUUUUCAUGAAAGUAGAUGAUUCUGAAUAAUUUGGAUACUUUGUCUAAAUGUGUUUCACCUUUGUUAAAUCCUAGAAUCUAACACAAUGUAAAAUUGCAGUAC